CGGGUAUAUAAAGUGGAAAGCAGCAGAGCAAUGCACUGUGCUUCUGUUCUAGGGAGAAGUUUCACCCGGAAGGCAGCAAAAGAGGAAAAGAACUGAACAACAAUGCUGCGGUUUGCCAUCACCCUCCUUGCUGUCAUCACAUCAUCUACCUGCCAGCAGUACGGAUGUCUGGAAGGGGACACCCACAAAGCGAAGCCAAGCCCAGAGCCAAACAUGCAUGAAUGCACUCUGUAUUCUGAAUCUUCCUGUUGCUAUGCAAACUUCACAGAGCAAUUGGCUCAUUCCCCAGUAAUUAAAGUAAGCAACAGCUACUGGAACAGAUGUGGGCAGCUCAGUAAAUCCUGUGAAGAUUUCACAAAGAAAAUCGAGUGCUUUUACCGGUGUUCUCCACACGCUGCUCACUGGAUCAAUCCCAGAUAUACUGCUGCUAUUCAGUCUGUUCCACUGUGCCAAAGCUUCUGUGAUGACUGGUACGAAGCCUGCAAAGAUGAUUCCAUUUGUGCCCAUAACUGGCUGACGGACUGGGAACGGGAUGAAAGAGGAGAAAACCACUGUAAGAGUAAAUGCAUGCCAUACAGGGAGAUGUAUGCAAAUGGGACCGACAUGUGCCAGAGCAUGUGGGGGGAAUCAUUCAAGGUCAGCGAAUCCUCCUGCCUCUGCUUGCAAAUGAACAAGAAGGACAUGGUGGCAAUCAAGCAUCUCCUCUCCGAAAGCUCAGAGGAAAGCUCCAGUAUCAGCAGCAGUGAGGAGCAUUCCUGCCAAAAGAGACUCCUGAAGUUUGAGGCACUGCAGCAAGAAGAAGGGGAAGAGACGAGAUGAAUUUUGGUGGGUGAACGUCAGGAGGAGAGAAAUCAUUGUGGAGGUUGGGCUCAGGGCAUCACAGCAGCCUGUCUUAUCCCUCACUUCUGAGAACUCAAUAAAUCAAUGGUUGGCUAUAUUAAUCCUUCUCUGAGUUUUUCUGCAUCUGCAUCACAAAGCUCCCAGGCAAGUUAGCACAGGUGUAACCUUGUGACUUGAAUCAGAAGCCUGAAGGUAACUUCCAGGCUUGAUUUUCAAAGACAAGAAGCACAGGCAGUGGUUGCUGAUUUAAGGUGGAACAGUGAGACACUCUGCAAGGCCAUGCCAGUAGUGCACCAAACCUUCAACACGGAUCCUUCAUUAGCACAGGUAUCAUCACUCAUGUCACAAGUUCCUGUGUGCCACACUCUGCUCAGACAAGGGAGAAAUGUUGCAGGCAGAAAUAGGUCAGUAGGUCUGGCUACUGACAACUGAAAAUGUACCUAUUUUGUAUCCCAAAAACAUACUUCUAUAUCAGGGGAUUGUCGUGUAUUAGAUAAAUCCCUGCAUCCAUAUAUGACCAGUAUACAAAAUGCAAAGACUGCUGCUCUGGGCUUCUACUUUAAACUACAGUAGCACAAAAGUCUCCUACACCACGAAUGUGAAGAAUAAUUGUGAAUGCAAUGAAUCCCUUGGAAUGACUACAGACAGAACAAUCUCUACAUCAGGGAGGACCCACAUGAGGGGUUUCCCCAUUGGUAUUUCUGCUUGCAGCAUCACUGCUACCAUCAAAGUAAAACCAAAGUCUGCACCAGUCCCAGAGGAACUCAUCAGGUAAAGAUUAAUCAAAUGCUGGUUUUACUUAGGCUUGCAUCCUUCUUCCGACAUCACUGGAGAGCAGAGAGUUCCAUGCCAUUCCGUACAGCCUUUCACAGUUGUAUCACCAGGGCAACCACGAAAGGAUUUAAUUUUGGGACUCACAUUAUCAUCAAGUGAAAAUCCACAUCCUCUCAAUGCUUGCAAUGGAGCUCGGCACCUUACAACAUGGAAGGAUCCGGCCUCCAGCUGAAACAAUGACUCGGCACCCCCCUUACACCAGGAGAAUGUUAAAAAUCCAUCCCACUCUUCCCUAGACUGCUUGUUUACUUCAAUGGUUUCACACAGCUGCAGUAGUAAUGCUAGACCCAUCAGGUCAAGCUCUGCCUCUCACUAUAGCUAACAGUGGCAUAAUUCCUACCGGUACUGAACUGCUCUUGGAACGAUACGCCGUCAGGUCUGUACUUCAUGGCUACUCAACCUGCUGCUUCUACA